CGAGUGCACCUUGCCCGCGGCGGACGGCUCAGUCUGGAACGGGCGGGUGAGUUGUCCCGUCCCUCCUCUUCCAGCCGUGGUGCCUGGUUGAGACGGAGCAGCAUCAGUCUGCGAGGCCCGAGCGAACCAAGACGAUAUUUACAACGAUAAGCGAAUGAAUGCAGGAGGGUGAAGGAGCCGGGUCAUUUCUGGCCUCUGUUCGGGAGCAGGAAAGCAGUUUGCGACACUGAGCCAAGCUCUGGAAGAAUAGGGGAGGUUGUGUUCCGGCACCUUGCCCCCACCCCUCCCCAAAUUGCAGAUCAGGAUGGAGGCUGUCCCACAGGUGCAGGACGCGUUCAUAGAAGAAGACAAGUCGCAGGAGAUGCCUCCGGUUAUAUCUGUGGGGGCUGCUGUCGAUGGAACCACCGAAACACCUGUGAACGAAAAUGUGAACAACCCCACCCCCCGUGUUGUCAUGCCCUCAGUGUCGGAUGUACUGUCUGUGGAUGGGGAAGGCUCUGUGACUACACCCAUUGAUCUUAGAUACAAACAGGGUCCUGGAGGUGGUGUUCCCAGGGACUAUCCUACUUCUACUGUCCCCCGAAAUUAUCACUAUGGACCCCUAGGGGGUUACAAUGAUUAUCCGACUCCACCUCACUCUGAGGCAUAUGCAAGCCUUAACAAGGGAGCUCGGAUGGAUCCCCGUUUCAGACCGGUUCAUCCAGAUGGGUACAGGACUCUAGAUCCUAGCUUCAAAGCCUCCAGCAGAAACCAGCUGGACUCCUACGCUGCUCAACCACAGGUUGCACGUAUGGGAAAUCCAAUGGAAAUGUCCUCGAUUCCGAGAUUUGUCGCUGAUUCGUACGGUCUGGAGGAUGAUCAGCGCAGCAUUGGUUAUGAAGAUUCUGACUAUGGCAUGGGGUACCCAAGGCAAAACCACCAUGGUUACCCUCGUGGGACUCCUCACAGAACUGCGAGUUACGAGGGCACUUUGGACCGUAUGAGUGGUGCUGGAGAGUUGCUCUGGGGCGGAGGAGCUCCUCUGGCUCAGGGUGAGAGAGGAAGCAUGGCCUCACUCGACAGCAUCCAGAAGAGAGGUCCAGGCCCCGAUGGCUGGCGACAGCCAGAACUGUCAGAAGUCAUCGCUAUGCUAAACUAUACACUGGACUCUGUGAAAGUCAACGCAGCUGCAUACCUGCAGCACCUCACCUACAAGAACGAAAAAGUGAAAUCUGAACUUCGCCGUCUAAAGGGUAUUCCUGCAAUUGUGACCUUGAUGAACCAUUCCAGCGAAGAGGUUCGAUUUGCAGUUUGUGGAGCACUCAGAAAUAUUUCAUUUGGCAAUAAUUUUGAAAUUAAAUCCACAAUUGUAAACUGUGGUGGAGUUGCUUGCAUAGUGAAUCUGCUAAGGAGGACGACCGAUCGGAGACUCAUUGAGAUCCUAACAGGAACUCUUUGGAACCUAUCGUCUAAUGAAGACUUUAUCAAGGAUCUUGUAGAUAAACCUCUGAGUGCCGUUGUAGAUGAGGUCCUAGUGCUUCAUUCAGGUGUGGAGCAGAAGAGCAAUGGAGCAGAAGGAGGCAAGGGAGACAGCAAAUCCCCAUACCAGGAGUGGGAGAAGGCCUUCAUUAACAGUACAGGAUUUCUGAGAAAUGUAAGCGCUGCAAAUGAAGAGCACAGGAAACAUAUAAGGGAAUACAAAGGACUGGUUGAUUCUGUCGUGUACCUCCUGAAGUCACAGACUAAACCCUCAACUGGAGCAACUGACCCUGAGAAAUUGAACAGCAAAUUGACAGAGAACUGUGUUUGUGUGCUGAGGAACCUGUCCUAUCAUCUGCACUGUGAAAUCCCAAAUCCUGAACGCUACAAGGAGAUGCCCGCCACCCCCCAGCGCUUCGGCUCCCGCAAGAGUAGAAGAAACAGAGAGAAUGAUGGAGUGGCUAUGACAAACAUGUCUGCUAAAGGCAGUGAGCUGCUGUUUCAGAAAGACGUGAUCGAAGCAUACGGCCAUCUUUUGAAUUCUAGUAAAAACCCUCUCGUGUUGGAGGCGGCAGCUGGAGCCAUCCAGAACCUGUGUGCUGGAAACUGGACUCCUGGACAAAAAACCCGUGCCACUAUUAUGAAUAACAAAUACAGGGACAAAAUAGUGGAAUACCUGGAUCAUGAGAAUGAGCCAGUGGUCCGAGCCAUGUCUGGAGCCCUGUGUAACCUGGCCCUGAACCCGGAAUACGCAACAGAACUGGGUACGACCGCCCUUCCUAAGCUGUUGUCGAAGCUGCCCGAUGAUGGAGGUCACUCGUCGUUUUCUUCACAAACCAGGAUGUCUGUGAUCAGUGCCCUCUGUAUGAUAUUAAGCCAGAGUCCUGAAGCCACCAAAACACUGCUGGUCCCCAAUGAUAAGAAGCAAUUCCCAGGAAUGAACAAGCUGGUGCAGCUAAAAAAUGCAAGCGACCGACAUUCAGAGCGUGAGAUUUGGACAGUCAGCAUGAUGCUGCAGAAAGUGUGGGAUCACAAAGAUGUGCGUCGUAUUUUAACGAAGUAUAAGUAUAAAAAGACUGACUUUGUGAUGAAAAAAAACCCUCCAAGCAAGAAAAAAACCAAAGAAAGUUCUGAAGGAAAGCCCAAUGAAGAAACAAACUCUAAAGAAACGGACCACCUAUUACAGGGUAACAAAGACGAGCCAAGUGACAGGAAUUCAGCACAAGAUCCAGUCCCCACGCUUAACCAAGAUUUCCAGUUGGACAUUACUGAGAUAGGGGCAGAGGAUGAAAAAUAACUGUUUACAUUUCGACAACAGCAUGCCUCUACCCACGGGCCUCGCUGAAAUGAUGAUGCCAAUCACCAUGACAACUAUGUGACAAAUCCCCGUCUCCAACACCAUCCUGUCUGACCAUUAUUUACUCUACUGCAGGUUUUUUGUAGUCAUUUUUGUCUCUAUGUUAGAUUCAGUCACAUGAGCUGAUUAAUGAAACAAGGGCAUGUAGAUGGUAAUAUUUUGGCCACACCAGUACAUCUCUACGCAAGGCCUACAGCGAACCAGGGAAACACACAAACGCUCUUCCAGAGACUUUGACUUAAUCUGAGAAGUCGAACACUCGUGAUAAAAACAAUAAAGAAAUCAAGGGAACCCACAACUUUGUUAUUUUAUCUUUCAAUGUUUGUUAAACUUAAAAAAAAUCAUUUUAAAUAAUCGUUUCUUUGCUGAUGAAAGAUUCAGUGUUCAUACUAGUUGAUCUGCUCUGUAUUAUUAUUUUUUUGGCAAAUAUCUGCCAAAGGUUACUCCUGCAGCUACCAAGGAUGGGAGGACAGAUUCCUCCAUUUUUUUUUUUUGGUUAAUUCCUGGCUUGUAACUACUGGUCUUCAUGAAAAUGCAUAUUGUUUUGAAAGAGAGUAAAUUAGAAUGUCUUAUAUCCAAAAACAUUGUGUAUGAUUUCUGUUCCAAAGCUUGGUUUCCAUGUUUGGGAUUUUUUUUGUAUCAUGCUCUAAACCACAAAAGUCUUUUUUUUUUUACAAACUUAUUCUGACAGUUCAGAAAUGACCAAGUAAUGUCUGUUUUUUUUAUUAUUAUUAUUUCUUUAUACUGAGUGUACUGUAUAUAUUGAAUGGAAGAUUAAACGAAACUCCUUUGCGGGAUAUUUUUUUCAAGAUUUUUUAUUGUUCGUGAUAAACUAAGCCUCACUUUCCAAAAACUGUCAUUAUGAGUGAACUGACUUUGAGAAAUUUUUAUUGUUAAAGAAUUUAAAGUGGCAUAGAAGGGAAAUUAAAAGGAAAAAUAAUGAAAAGACACACUAUGCAUACACUAUGUACUAGAAAAAUAUAUACAAUAUAUAUGAGGAUUUGGGUUAUUUUUUGGGUGCUUUUGGUGAACUGAUAUACAAUCCAUUUGAUUUUCUUUAAUUAUAAACUUUGCAAAGCUUUGGAUGCUGUCAUUGAGAUCACAUAAAAAUGCUCUGAUUAUAGACUGCAAGUUAUUUUCUUAAAAGUUAGACAGUCUCAUUUGUGAAUGAUUUAUGUAACAUCACUAUAUUGUUUUCAAUAAAAAACACAUGAAUUAUCUAUA